AGCUGUAGGAGCUUAAAUGCUGUCCAGCAUCACCAGAUACUUGUGACCGCAGUUCUCUUCAGACUCAAGAAUGAACAAUCCGUCAGAAACCAGUAAACCAUCAAUGGAAAGUGGAGAUGGGAACACAGGCACGCAAACAAAUGGCCUGGACUUUCAAAAGCAGCCUGUGCCUGUUGGAGGAGCAAUCUCUACAGCCCAGGCCCAGGCCUUCCUUGGGCACCUUCAUCAGGUCCAGCUCGCUGGAACAAGUUUACAGGCUGCUGCUCAGUCCUUAAAUGUACAGUCUAAAUCUAAUGAAGAAUCUGGGGACUCUCAGCAGCCAAGCCAGCCUUCCCAGCAGCCUUCAGUGCAGGCGGCCAUACCCCAGACCCAGCUCAUGCUGGCCGGAGGACAGAUCACUGGGCUCACGUUGACGCCAGCCCAGCAACAGUUAUUGCUACAACAGGCGCAGGCACAGUUGCUGGCAGCUGCAGUGCAGCAUUCAGCCAGUCAGCAGCACAGCGCUGCUGGUGCCACCAUCUCGGCCUCUGCUGCAACGCCGAUGACGCAGAUCCCUCUAUCUCAGCCAAUACAGAUUGCACAGGAUUUGCAGCACUUGCAGCAGCUUCAGCAGCAGAAUCUCAACCUGCAACAGUUUGUGUUGGUGCAUCCAACAACCAACUUGCAGCCAGCACAGUUCAUCAUCUCACAAACACCGCAGGGGCAGCAGGGUCUCCUGCAAGCGCAGAAUCUCUUAACGCAACUACCUCAGCAAAGCCAAGCCAACCUCCUGCAGUCUCAGCCAAGCAUCACCCUUGCCUCGCAGCCAGCAACCCCAACACGCACAAUAGCAGCGACCCCCAUUCAGCCACUUCCACAGAGCCAGUCAACACCAAAGCGAAUCGACACUCCCAGCUUGGAGGAGCCCAGUGACCUUGAGGAGCUUGAGCAGUUUGCCAAGACUUUCAAACAAAGACGGAUCAAACUUGGAUUCACUCAGGGUGAUGUUGGGCUCGCUAUGGGCAAACUCUAUGGAAAUGACUUCAGCCAAACUACCAUCUCUCGCUUUGAAGCCUUGAACCUCAGCUUUAAGAACAUGUGCAAGCUAAAGCCACUUCUGGAAAAGUGGCUCAAUGAUGCAGAAAACCUCUCAUCUGAUUCAACUCUCUCCAGCCCAAGUGCCCUGAACUCUCCAGGGCUGGGGAUUGAAGGCUUGAACCGUAGGAGGAAGAAACGCACCAGCAUAGAGACCAACAUACGUGUGGCCUUAGAGAAGAGUUUCCUGGAGAACCAAAAGCCUACCUCGGAUGAGAUCACCAUGAUAGCUGACCAGCUAAACAUGGAGAAGGAGGUGAUCCGCGUUUGGUUCUGUAACCGGCGCCAGAAGGAGAAAAGGAUCAACCCACCCAGCAGUGGUGGAACCAGCAGCUCGCCCAUCAAAGCAAUUUUCCCUUGCCCAACCUCACUGGUGGCAACCACACCAAGCCUUGUGACUAGCAGUGCAGCUACAACCCUGACUGUCAAUCCUGUGCUCCCUCUGACCAGUCCUGCUGUAACCAGUCUGUCAGUCACAGGCACAACAGAAACCACCUCCAACAACACGGCAACAGUGAUUUCAACAGCACCUCCAGCUUCUUCAGCAGUGACAUCACCCUCCCUGAGUCCUUCCCCUUCUGCCUCAGCCUCCACUUCAGAGGCAUCCAGUGCCAGUGAGACCAGCACAACACAGACAACCUCCACUCCCUUGUCCUCCCCUCUUGGGACCAGCCAGGUGAUGGUAACGGCAUCAGGGUUGCAAACAGCGGCAGCAGCCGCGUUACAAGGAGCUGCACAGUUGCCUGCAAAUGCAAGUCUUGCUGCCAUGGCUGCUGCAGCAGGACUAAACCCAGGCUUGAUGGCAUCCUCGCAGUUUGCAGCUGGAGGUGCCUUACUCAGUCUCAAUCCAGGGACAUUAGGUGGUGCUCUCAGCCCAGCCCUGAUGAGCAACAGUACACUGGCAACUAUUCAAGCUCUUGCAUCUGGUGGCUCUCUUCCAAUAACAUCACUGGAUGCAACUGGAAACUUGGUGUUUGCCAAUGCUGGAGGUACUCCUAACAUCGUAACUGCCCCUCUGUUCCUGAACCCUCAGAACCUUUCUCUGCUCACCAGCAACCCGGUUAGCUUGGUCUCUGCAGCUGCAGCCUCUGCAGGGGCCUCUGGACCAGUCGCCAGCCUUCAUGCCACCUCCACCUCAGCCGAGUCCAUCCAGAACUCUCUCCUCACGGUGGCCUCUGCGAGCGGGGCCACGUCCACCACCACUACUGCCUCCAAGGCACAGUGAGCCGGGCUGAGCUGUGCUGCCAGCAGCCUGUUUCACUGUGCGGUGAGAUUGGCUGCCAGCGGGGUUUAUAAACUGAAAAUGUGAUGGGCAUCCUCUCACCGUGUUGCUGGGGACAAGGGAGAGAAGGAAAAAUAUAAAAAACAAAAGCAAAACAGGAAGGAUUUAAAGCUGGGACAGACAUUUGCCUAAUUUUAUAAUAAACACUGUCUUUUCAGGAUCGCUUCAUGGAUCGGAGAACUUUCUAACCAAAAAUGUAAAAAAAACAAAAAACAAAAAAACAAAAAAACACAAAAAAAGUGAAAGGACUACUUAUCAUUUCCAGCAGUCACAAUGACAAGUUAAGGUGGGUUAUCAACUCAAACAUAGGAAGGGGAUUUCUUGUUUCUUUUUGGUCUAAAUAUCUUUCUUUUUUAAUUAUCAUUUUAUAGGUCUGUUGUACAGGCCAUUAUGUCAUACAAGGUGUUUAUAAUCGUAUCAAUCGUGUUGGGGGUUCCUUUCUUAACUGGUACAAUUUAGGCAGGCCUGUAUUACUGGUGUAUCUCUAUUAUUAUUAUGAUUAUUAUUAUUAUUAUUAUUUUUAUAUAUAUAGU